UAAGAAAUGAAUAUAUGAAGGAUUAUAGAAAAAAGAAAAGAGGUUAUAUGAAAAAAAAAGCUUAAAGACAAGAAAUUAAAAUUUAUAAACAUGAAAUAUUGGCUGCCACUCACAAUCUUUUGCAGUGGAUUCAAGUCAGCACUCUUGGCUUGUACAAAUGAUACCUCAACAGACUUCCAAUUAACUUCAAGUGGGUAUCACGUUGAGUCUCUAGUAUCAUGCGUUACUGCUUGCAACUCCUACACUCCACCAGGAAUUUUUUCCUAUGCUUUUUUUCUUGAAGGAUAUCUUUGUUUCUGCAGAAAUGCUUCAUAUCCGCAAUUAAAUUUAUCUAACUUCAACAGUCCUUGUGUUAAAAGUACAUGUUUAGAUAAUAACAAUGGUUCGGAUUGUUCUUUAAGUAGCUAUGAAGUUUUGCUGCUAUCAUUAGGUAUUGUUAAAUGGAGCAUUUCUUAUAACCCUGUGGUUGCACUUGUUGAUAACGAAGUUCAAAUAAACACAAAUAUAUCAAUAGGUGAUGCUUCAAGUGCUUUUGUAAUACCAAAACCUAAUGACUUACCACUGAGAGUACAAAAUGUCAAUGGUUUGACAGUUAAACGGAUUUUUUAUUUACCUGGAUUACAGAUGUGGUCUCAGGAAAUUGGGAAUAACUUUACUGACCCAUUUGUUGCUACAACCUGGAUACAAAUUGAUGAAAAAGUUGGUGGUAUUUACAUUAUUCCAUCCAUGGUUCAAGUUAAUGGUUUUUAUAAUUUCUUUUUGGUUAUUACACAAGGAACUAACAUUAGUGUAACACUCUUGCUUCCAAUGAAUAAAACUUUAUUUUUUAAUGCAGAUAUUAUUCGUUUAAUUUAUGGAUUUGAAAUCAACCUUAUCACUGAAACAAAUUUAAUAGGUAGCUGUAGUCUUUCGAAUGGACUUUUUUUAAAAAAUGUUAUUUUAACAUAUGGACGUUUCACAAAAUUAAAGCUGAAUGUUUUUUCACAAGGAAGUUUAAUUAUUUUUAUUUUGAGACCACAAUGCAAUACUUCUACAUCUUUCUGCACCUUUGCAAUGAAUUGCAAAAGUAGUUGUUUUGUAAAAAGAUUAUCGGGAGAUCAAACAAAUCAACUAAAUAAUCAAACAUCUGUUACAGCUUUGGUUGUUAAGAGGUUUUUAUUUUUGCUAAAUGAUACUGGAGUUAUUGAGAUACCAAUUCAAAACCGUAAUAAUGAUGUUCAAGAAAAUGACAUGGUAUGGAUUGGUGGAAAUGCAAGUUUAUUUUGUAAUAAAACAAAGGAUUUUACGAGCACAAUAGAGGAUCUAAAAUAUAAAUCUAUGAAUGGAUUAGAGCUUGGAAAAACAGUUACUUUUUCUACUAAUGACGUUCCCAACAAUAGUUUAUAUAUAUCUUUUUUUAUAUCAAAGCCGUUUGAAUAUAUGUUUCAAGUACCAUCAAGUACAGUUGGAAUAUUUAAUUUCACAGUUAAUGCUUUUAAUCACAUUACACCUUCUCAACCAAUUAGUUACAUUUAUAGUUUUCAGGUUCCUGUUACUAAUCUAAAUUUUGUACCUGCAAAACCAUAUAGUUCUUCUGUUGCAGGAUAUAAGCCUAGUAGUUUAAUACAGUUACAAGCUGCAAUAGACAAUGGAACAGAUGUUGUGUAUAUGUUUGAUAUUCCAGCUCUUAAUUAUUCUCAAAAUUCAACUGAUUUUAUUUGUUAUGCUGAAGCUAAAUAUUUAGGUGUUUUCACUGUAUUUUUGACAGCAGCUAACAAGAUAAGCUCUCUCAAUACUUCAAUUAAUGUUGCAGUUUUGUCUCAAAUGAGAAGUUUUAAUUUGUAUGUUGAAAAAUAUUUACAAAAGAAUAUUGCUUUUUAUGUGACUAUAACCAUAUCCAAUGGAAACAAUUUAAACUUGACAAUUGAUUUUGGUGAUGGAACCUUUUAUAAUCAAUCUAAUAUUGAUGCCACUGGUGCUAAUGGAUUCACUUUAAAUGUCAAUCAUACGUAUAAGGUGUGCACAAAGUUUGUAAUUUUUGCUUCCGCAAUAAACAACGUUUUAAAUGGAGAUAUCAUUGGCAAGACAUUGUCUAGCACCACUAAUGUAUCAGUAUUUUGCCCACCAUCAGUUUUAAAUGUAAUAACUACACCCAUUCUUUCACAAAAUGGAUAUGUUCUGUUAUCCAUCAACAGCUUUUUAAUACUUACUAUAUAUCAAAAUACAGGAUCAUAUUUGCUAUACUCAAUUGAUUGGGGUGAUGGUAGCGAUGUCACCUACAAUAAUCAGACUAUGAAUUCAAAUCCUGUUUCAUUCCAAGUGCAACAUAAUUAUACAACAGAGAAUGUAUUUAGCAUUUCUAUAACAUCUAAGAAUUUAUUGUAUAACACAAGCAGAAUAAUUAGUGUGAUGGUAAAAGACUGUACUGUGCCACCAAUUAGUUUUUAUUAUGGAACAUAUUCAAGUCCAAUGACCAUUUUUCGAAGUGUUGGAGCAGAUUUAACUGGUGUUGUAGCAACUAUUGAUCCUUUAUGUAAAAAUGAUAGUUUUACUAUUCAGUGGCAUCUAACCAAUUUAGUUUCAAAACCUAAAGUAACUAAUGGUAUUCAAGUCCAGCAAAAAAUUACUUACACAGUUGAAAAAAAUUUAUUUGACUUUGGUCUUUACAAUUUGUCAUUGGUUUAUAAUUAUGGGAUAUAUAGUAGUGUUUAUACUGCAUACUUUAACGUUACGCAUUUACCUUUGCAUAUAAAUAUUGAUAAAGGAUUUUUUAACUCUGUUGCAUACAAGAAAAAAGUAGGAAAUGAUAGUUUUCAUCAAAACUUUACAAUAAGUGCAAAGUCUAGUUAUGAUCCUGAUGAUCCAAUAAUUGGAAUUCAAAAUAUAACUUUUAUGUGGAGAUGUAAAAUUGCCUCGAAUUUUUCAAAUGCUUUGGAAGUCAUGGGAAAUUUUACACUUUUGAAUUUGACAUACAAAAGCGAUACAUGUUUUAAUCAAACAUGGAUGAAUAUUUCUUCUAAAACUAGCAUGAACUUUAGUACACAGCAAUUUUUAGAAGGUUUGAGUUAUCAUUUUGAGGUUUGUGGAACAAAGAAUGCGGGAAAAGAUAUUUACUCAAAUAUUAUAUUCAAAAGUAACUGUUUCAUUCAAGAAGUCUUAAUCAUCUCUCAAGGUUUACCAACUAUUUCUGUUAAAUGUAUAUCCAACUGUGAGGAAAAACUGAAUUUUAUGGAUCGUGUCAUAUAUUCUUUUGAUUGUGAGGAUUGCGGGUUUCAAAGACUAACAGGACUUUGGACCAUUAAUGACAAUACUGGGAAAGUUCCUCCUGAGCUAGAAGUUCACAAUGCUACAACUACAGGUUUUCGACUUCCCAGUCUUGUAAUAAACAGAAACAUUUUACUUGAGAAAAAAGACUACACAUUUUACUUAGAAGUUGGUUAUGCAGAUUCUUUAAAAAGAAUAAAGUUUAAGUUCAUUAAGUCUACAUGUUCACAGCCGACUCCAGGUGUUUGUUAUGUUUAUCCAACUGAAGGAUAUGUUCUUGAAACAAAGUUUAAAAUUGUUUGUAGUGAUUGGACUGAUUCAGAUCAGUUUCUAAGCUACACUUUUUGUUAUGAUGAUGGUAAGAUACAACGUAUAAAUGUUAGUAGUACGCCUACUCUUGAUUAUCCUAUAUUAAAUGCAGCAUCUACUGAUCAACCAAGUUUAAUUAACUUUAUGAUGGGUCCUGGUGAUCCAAACAAUGAUUACAAAAUCAAGAUUCUCAUAAAAGUGAGUGGUAAAUACCAAGCAUAUACAGAAUACAACAAGCUAUUUAUCAAUGUACGUCCUAAUAAUAAACUUGUAAAUGUGACAGACUUGGUUAAUGGUAUCAAUAUGAAUGAUACACAAAGUGUUGCUAAUAUAGUUCAAGCCAUAAGUUCUACUGUAAAUAAAAAUGCAGCAAGUUUUUAUAACAACACGCUAUCUCCUUCAAAUGAAUUUUCUGGUAUGGUUGAUAACGAUGCUGUACUUUUAAAAAAGCAGCAAGAAUUAUCUAAUUUGCAAAAUUUACGCACAAAUGUAAUUAAUUUACUUGGCAAUACCACUAUCAAUGAUUUGAGUUCUUUUAAAACCAUUGGGGAUGCAUUGGCUAUAUCUUCACAAAAUCCCAUGGAAUUGAUUCCACAAUCUCAGCAACAAGCUUCAAACAUUGUUACAAGAAUGGCAAAACUCCUCACUCCAGAUAAUCUUAAAAGCAUCGGAGCAGACAAAUUUGACAUAAUAACUCAACCAUUUCUCAAAUCAAUUUCCAAUUUACUUCAAACAAAUUUAAAACAAAGUUUAACAAAUGAAUUAGGUCAUCCUACUCACCAAACAGAAAUAUCAAAUCAUGUUGAAGGAAAUAUGGCAUUAGAGUUGUUAAAAUCUUUGGAUAAUCAUCUCUUAGCAGCACAGUUUUAUAAAGUUCCAGGGGAAAAUGCAACUCUGGGCGAAACAAAUCGGUUUAAAUUUAUGCUAAGAAAAGAGUUUGCAACUGAGUUAAGCAACACAUCAUUUGGUUCUACUGAUGAUGGCGGUUUUACUCUUCCAGAUUUUCAAGAUAUGUUUAAUGUGUCGGUGAAAAACCCACUGAUCUUAGCUAAUAAUGUUAGAAUGAAAGAUCUUGUUUACACAUUGGACACAAAUCGGUCCCAAUACAUUCUUUCUGAAACUCAAAGUCUUUCCUUUACUGGUCUUGAUGGUUUAUUAAUAAAAGUGAAAAAUACCUUAAAACCAAUCAACAUAACUAUUAAAAAUAUUCCUGAAAAAAUGAAUGGGAGAAAUAUAUCUUUAUCAAUGCCUGAUGAUGUAUACCUAGUAAGUCUACCAAUAACAUCACAUUGUAACAUGCUUCUAAAGAUUGUAUUUAAAAAUGAUCCAAAUAAUUUAACAAAUCUUAUUGUUUACAUUCAAUAUGGAAAAAUUGCAUCAAAACUUGAUUAUGAUAUAAUGCUGAAUAUUUCUGCUAGACAUGGUGUUGUCAUAACAAAAAAUACUUUUGCAGCAACAAGCAACAUUAGUCUCACUCCUAAAAAUGUGAAUAGUAAUAUGAGUGAGAAAAGUGAAAGCUUUUCUGGAACUUUUAAAAGAAAUCAAGAUGCUCGUCUUCUUGAUGAUGGUUCUCUAUUAUUAUGGAACUUUGUGUACUCAACCUAUGCAUUUACUAAUAAAAGUGAAUUGAAUUUCUUAUUUUCAUAUGCUGGUCCAAUGCCUGCUAAAAAUCAUGUUGAGAAUCCAUAUACGUAUGAUGAAGCAGAGUCAUUAGGAUCAUUUGACUAUGAAAUGUUAUCGUUUUGUACAGAAUGUAAUUAUUGGAAUGAGGAUGAAAAGAAGUGGAUGUCUGAUGGGUGUGAGCUUAAUGUUCUCAAUACCAGUUUUCUUUUCACAAAUUGUAAAUGCACCCAUCUUACUGCUUUUGGUGGAUUUUUUGUUGCUCCAAAUCCUUUACCAAAACUAAGUAUUGCUUUAAUCAAAAAAGGAUAUGUUUUACUUGUAACAGUUAUCAUAAUUAUUUUUUUGUGGAUUAUUGGAUUGGUAUUGAGCAGGAGAAUGGAUAAAAGGGAUGUUUCAAAGGUUGGUGUUUGCCCACUUCUUGAUAAUUUGCCGGAAGAUAAUUAUUUAUAUCAAAUAAUAGUAAAUACUGGUAACCGGAGAAAUGCUGGCACUAAAUCUAACAUUUUUUUUACUGUCACUGGUGAAAAUAAUGAUAGUGGAAUUAGACGUUUAAAAGAUUCUGAGAGAGAAUGCUUUCAAAGAUCAAGCUGUGAUAUGUUUAUAAUGACAACAAACAGUUCUCUUGGUGAUUUAGAUUAUAUAAGACUUUGGCAUGAUAAUAGUGGUGGGGGUUGGUAUCUGAAAGACAUUGUGGUUGUUGAUCUUCAAACUGAAAAGCAGUUUCUUUUUAUUAGUCAUCGCUGGAUUGCCAUAGAUCGCGGAUCAUGUAUGUUAGACUGCAUUAUACCAGUAGCGUCUACUGAAGAAUCUACAAAUUUUACUUAUGUUUUUACAUCUAAAGCAGAAAAUAAUCUUUCUGAUGAACAUUUAUGGUUUUCAAUUUUUGCUCGUCCACCUGUAAGUUCAUUUACCAGGUGUCAAAGAUUGACUGUUGCUGUUUCUUUGCUUCUGACUUCAAUGAUGGUAAGCUCAAUGUACUAUGGAAAGGUAGAUGAACGCCCAGAUCCAAAAGCAGAAAAUAAAAGUGUUUUUUUUUUAAAUAAAACACAGAUAUUUGUGGUAUUGAUUUCUACUCUCAUCAAGUUUCCUAUACACUUCUUGUUCUUGAAACUUUUUCGUUCAAUAAUACCAUUUGAAAAUUCAGCAUCUGAUAAGUCCAGCAAAAGCUCAUCUUUUGAUGAAAGAAAUACAGAACUAGAACAUGAAGACAACAUUAUAAAUUCAAGCAAAGAAGCAUUACACAUUGUUAUAGACAAAGACAAACCAUCAAUAAAAAAUGUGAAAAAAAGGUUUUUACCACAUUGGUGUUUAUACAUUGCAUGGUUUCUUUGCAUUAGUAACAUUUUAGUUUGCAGCUUUUUUGUUAUGUGGUAUGGAAUAAAAUUUGGAAAUAAAACAUCAUUGAAUUGGCUAACAAGUGUUACUAUUGAUUUUACUAAAGAGAUACUUUUAACUGAGCCAAUAAAAAUAUUUAUAUUGGCUGUUUUUGUUGCACUUUUUAUCAAAAAAGCUAAUGAAGAAAAUGAAAAUGAGUUUGAAAGUAAAGGUAAGAUGUUGGCUCUUGAUGAAAAUUGGCUUCACAAACCAAAAAAUGAAGCAUCUAUUUUUGAUAGACCAGAUAUUGAAAUAAAUCCUCUCGAUUCGUCAACAUUAGCAAGUAUGAGAGAUUUAAGAUUUAAAAACUUAAAAAUGGUUGCUAUAACACAAGAAUUAGUUUUGUACAUUUUUUAUGCAGUUUUGGUAUUAUUGAUUGGUUUUUCAACACGGGAAAAUAUUGCUUUUUGGCAAACUCGCAACAUUCAAAAUCUUUUCAACCUUGUACUUAGAGGGGUCCCAAGGCCAAAAGAUUAUGUUAACAUUUACAACCAGAUUCAAUCAUCAAAAGAUUUUUGGCCUUGGAUGGAAGAAUUUUUUAUACCUCAAGUUUUUCCUGAAAAGUGGUAUAACUUGAGUGAUUUUUAUGCAAACACAGAAAAGAAAGAUUUUCCUGGAAAAUUAUUUUUAAAUGAUCUUAAUUCGAAGAUUGUAAAUGGGAUUAGAAUUAGACAAGUUCGUGUACAGUCAAGCUCCUUGCUAGACGGAUACCAAACCUACUUUAAAUCAUUAGCUUCCAUUAUUUCACUCUUAUUGGGAAAGUUUAGUUACAGACUAUUUGAAAACGCUAAUUCUGUUCUUGGACCGAUCUUCUUUUUUGGAUUUAAUGCCAUUGUAAUUUGGAUUGUUAUGAACAUUUUUAUAUCAAUCUUAAAUGAUGCAUUCACUGCAGUUCGUACAAAUCUUCAGUUCCAGACUAACGAUUAUGAAAUUGUUGAUUUUAUGAUUGUGCAGUUUAAAGACUGGCUUGGAUUACAUACUUCGAAGCAAGCAAUUACAAACAACCAAUAUCACAAUAUUAAAAAAUCAGAAAGCAAUAAUUGUUUACCGAUAUCAUUAAGAAAAAAGUUAAGAAAAAGUCAAACUUUUGAGUUUAACGAAGUGAGCAAAACGUUUCACUCAGUUGAGUUAAGUAGCUCAAUCAAUGAUCGUAUUUCAAAACUUUCUAAGUAUGACUAUUUAUUACAAGUGAAAGAAUUCAAUCUUAACCCAAACGAAUCGAUUGAUAAAUUUAUUAGCUGUAUGAAUUUUGUCUACGAAUCAACAAAUAAAAAAAAUGAAGUUAUAUAUUUUGACAUUAACGAUUAAAGAACAAUUAAAUUUAGCUCUAGAUCAUAGAAUCGGCAUCAAAAACUUUAUGAAAUAAUCAUGACUAAACUUUGUUUUAUUGAUUUGUUAAUACUGUUUAUACAUUAUACGUUUGUAAAUGAUUUUGUGGAUAAUACUCCUACAUAGACAUGUUUUGACACAGUAGCAAGGUUUUGUACUCCUACAUCGACAUGUUUUGAUUCAGUAGCAAGGUAGAAUGAGAGAAAUGAGCUGCCGAGACUAUUCUAAAAUAAAAUAUUAACGUGUUUUAAUAUAACUUUUUUUUACUAAGUUUCAAAAACAUAAAAGUUAUGAGGAAUAAAGAAAACUGCGUAUUUUACAGACGAGUUUACGGAUGAUUUGUAAAUAGAUUAGGUUUCUAAAAAUAAGUUUAAAAAUAAAACUAUAUAAUUUUUCAAAAAUUAUGUUUACAAUUUAUUAGUGCAGAACUUGCAAUUGCUUUUUUUUUUUUUUUUUUUUUUUUUUUUCUUCGUUUUCAUUUAAUUUUUAUUGUAAACGCGUAUUUUUAUUUAUUUUUUUUUUUUAACAGUUGUCAUGUAAAAUUUUUUGUUGUAAAAAAUUUUUGUAGUUUCUGUGAGUUGAAUAAAUGUUGAUCAAGCACUA